CGAAGCGAUUUAGUGACGUCAUGCUAAAGCAGAAGAGAUAAGAAAGUCAAAAAAGUGAAGUUCUGUUUUCUAAUAUAUUCUCAACUUUUAUAGGCACCUUUGUUCGCUACGUAAUUUUGAAAAAUGUCGUACGCAUACCUGUUCAAAUACAUCAUCAUUGGGGAUACAGGGGUUGGCAAAUCUUGUCUUCUUCUCCAAUUUACGGAUAAAAGAUUCCAGCCUGUUCAUGAUCUAACAAUAGGUGUAGAGUUUGGUGCUCGUAUGAUAACAAUUGAUGGAAAGCAAAUCAAGCUUCAAAUUUGGGAUACUGCAGGUCAAGAGGCAUUCCGUUCUAUUACAAGAUCAUAUUACCGUGGAGCAGCAGGAGCUUUAUUAGUAUAUGAUAUCACACGUAGGGAAACAUUUAAUCAUUUGACAACUUGGUUAGAAGAUGCAAGACAACACUCAAAUUCUAACAUGGUGAUCAUGUUAAUUGGUAAUAAAAGUGAUCUGGAUAAUAGAAGGGAAGUAAAGAGAGAAGAAGGUGAGACCUUUGCAAGAGAACAUGGGCUAGUUUUUAUGGAAACCAGUGCAAAGACAGCAACCAAUGUAGAGGAAGCAUUUAUCAAUACAGCAAAAGUAAUUUAUGAAAAAAUUCAGGAAGGUGUAUUUGACAUAAACAAUGAGGCAAAUGGUAUCAAGAUUGGACCACAACAUUCACCCACAAGUCCUGGAGGUUUAGCAGGUACUGGUGGACAAGGAAACACGCAGGGUGGUGGGUGCUGCUAGGGGCUGGGGGUUGCCUGUCCACCGCUUCAUCCUUCUCCAAUUUAAAUUAAUCUUUCUACUCCUGCUCCCCAUUUUAUUCUCAACCAAUUACUUUGUAUAUUUGUUUGCGCAUGUCGCAUCAUAAGGUAACAAGUGAUUAUUGGUGUAUUUAUUAUUUAAAAGAAAAACGUAUACACGUACUGAAUAGGAAUAUUAUAAGGUAAAAUGUUAUAUAUUGCUUAACUCAUGAAAUCUAAUAAAGUUUUAAUUUACAGAUUAUCAUUGAUGUAAACUGAUUAUUUUUAAAUAAUGUUUGUUACAUCUCUUGUAUAUUUAAUUCUUCUACAAUAUAAUAACAUUAGCACAUUUUAAUAGAUUCGUAAAGUAGUUCAAUCUUUUAAUAUAAUAUAGAAUCAAUUUUAUUUUUUACAUACUGUAGUAAAAAGAAAUAGAACUUGUGUUAUUAACUCAGCACUACAUAUAACUUUCACUUAUUCGUACUUAAAAUCGUUUAAUUUCUAUCGCGAUGGAUAUAAAAAAGACCAUGAAAAAUUAAUUACAUAUUGGAUACUGAUUGAGCGGUAAAGGAUAGGCACUUCUAUUCGAUGUUUUGUAUUUGUUCACAUUGUAUAUUGUAUGUAUUGUGCACUGAUCUUUCAAAUUUGAUUUACUUUAAUACUAAAUCAUAGUUACUAACAUAUGAAUCAAAGUCGUUUGUCGAAGAUAUGGUUUACACUUGACUACCUAAGGCGACACAUGUAUAUGAAUGUAUCAAUGUAUGAAAUUAUGAAUAUAUAAAACGUAUAAAUCAAUUUUAUCCUAAGGCCUAUUUAACCAAAUAAUCGUAAUUACUUAAUUGUGAUUGGUAUUGUUAUUUCUGGUAUACUAUAUUACAAAGAUAUCUGAUUUACAUGAAGUGAAUUUUUAUUUUCAAAUAAAACGAAGGAAACUUCUUCGAUUUUACAUUUGUAGCCAAUAGUAGUGAUGCCAAUCAAAAAUAUAGAAAAUAUGUACUUCGUCAACUUCAAUUUAAAUGAAAUACACAUUUACAUGUAUAUUUGUUAGUUUUAUAAUAAGUUUAAUAUUACUAAAUUUGUUCAAUGUAAAACGAUCUGAUUAAACGUAAAAAAUAUGCUAUCAAAGUAGUGCAUUUCGUCGUAUCUAUCGAAAUGAUAGCUGGUAAACAAAUAUAUAUCGAUAUAAAUGAUAUUUUAUAAAGGAAACUAAAAAAUAAACUUUGUUUAGUUAAUGUAAA